AAGGAACCAAAGCACCGAGACGAUAGAAAGGUCCAAGCAACACCGUUUAACCAAUUCCUGAACCGAAAUCAAUUACUACAAAUUAAUUUACAGCUGUCUUCAUAAUUUCCAUGAGAAAUCAGUUUCCAUGGAAUCAUCUACAGUUUCUUCUACAUUCCGGUUUAGAGACCACCACCAACCGGAGGAGGCAACCGAAUCCGAUACGAGCUCCGGUAUCUCCUCUGUUUCCAGUGACAGAGACGAGGAGUCAGAGCUCGAGUCCAUGACCGGAGAGGGGAUAAGGAGGCUUUGUAUGGAGUUUCUGGAAAUAAAGGAAGCGUCCGAUGAAGAUUUUUAUCGAAACAUCUUUGCUAAUUAUUCAGCCUUUAUUGGAAUACAUGAGGAAGUAAAAGAUAUCGAAAAGAAAUUGAUGCAACUGAGAACCCAUGUUGCAAUGCAAAAGAUGCUUGUAAAAGACCUAACUGAUGGUCUAUAUCUGAAGGUUUUAUCAGUGCAAACCAUGGAUUCAAUCUCAGAAGAACUCAUAUGUGAUGAGUCUCUUCCUUUAAAUGAGUUGGAGGUUCACAUAAGUAAUGUUUCAGAAACCUUGGAUGUGCUUUUAUCUGAAAACAGAGCUGAUGAAGCUAUAGCAAUUUUAGAAAUGGAGCAAGAAAAUUUACAAAACGUACAGUAUGAAGAUGAUACUUCAUCGGAUGUGCUAAUGUUGUAUAACAAUGCCAUUUCUGAGAGAAAGGAAAUGCUUAUAUUGCAAUUAGCCCGUGUGGCUGAGAAUUCAAGAACUUCUGCUUCAGAACUCCACAAGGCACUAGUUGGAAUUUGCAGAUUAGGCCAGAGUCAUCUAGCAACUCGGUUAUUGCUGAAGUAUUACCACUCACGAAUUGCUUCAGGAAUACAUAAUCUGCAGAGUUCAAAAUCAUGUCUGCAAGGGGUGUACAUUAGGGAACUUUCAAGAUUUGUGUUUUCUAUGAUUUCUCAAGCAGCAAGGAGCUUUAUGAUGCUUUAUGGAGAAACAUCUGCUUAUGCAUCAGAAUUUAUGCAGUGGAUCCAUGAAGAAAUUGAAGUUUUUGCUGUUAGUUUUACUAAAUAUGUCAAAUCUAUCUCAGAAAUAAGUGGUGGACUCUCCACAGCAGUAGAAGCUGUGCAGUUUGCUACCUCAUAUUGCUGUCAAUUAGAAACUCAAAGAUUGGUGUUGCAGCCAUUGUUGAUCAAGCAUCUUCGCACUUGUAUGGAGAACAUUUUAGCAGAACAUAUAGAGCAUUUUAAGAAAGUCAUCAGCAUAUUUACAGCAUCUGAUGCUUGGGUUCUGGGCAGAUAUCUUGUAUCUGGAAUUCUGAAUGAAGGCUACUCUUAUGUAGUUGUUGGACAAGAACCAGAAUACUGCCUUCUCACAAACAGUGGUCGGAAGUUUGUUACUCUAUUGCAGGCUAUAUCCAAGGAUGUUACCCCUUUAGCUGCCCUGCAAAUGGAAGGUUCUAUUCUAGCAGGACUCAGUGAUCUCUUCAUGGAGUAUAUAACCAUCCUUGAAGAAGCCAUCACCUGCGAUGUAAAUAUGUCAGAGAAAAGUGGUUUUAGAGUGAUCUUGGCAGAGUCGGUUCCACAACAAGUUUCUAUUCUGGCAAAUCUAUCAACACUCGAAAAUUUUUUCUCCAACACUGUUAGAAGCAUAUUCAGGGGCACCAACUGUAUUGAUUCUGAGAAGAUAAAAAUCCACAGGGUCGGUUUUCCAGAUCAGGAAGUUGAUAGUUGUGUAAUGUUCAUUCAAGAGGCAUCUACUCGACUGAAAGCUCAGGUCUUCAAGCAAUUUAUUGAUAGAGUGCUUUCCCCUGAGGUCUGUAAAUUGACUCCAGAAAUGUGGGUUGAUAGCGAGAAUCGUUCCCGCCUGUUUAAUGGUCUAUUGCCCUCUUCCGUGUUUCAGGUGUUGUUUUUAGAGCUAAGGAAACUGAAUAAACUUUCUGAAGACGAUAUCUUUGAGGCAAAAUGGUUGAUGCAGCUAAUAAGGGAGUUGAUUGAAGCCAUAUUUGCCUGGAUUUCAAGCAACAACAAAAUUUGGGAAACUGAUAAAGGAGACUUGAAUUUCCAACAUCCUGAAAUCUCGGAUCAGUUUGUUCUAGACAUGCACUUUCUAGUGGAAGCCAUAAAGUAUGGAGAAUACUUCUCCAAGCACCCAUUGGUUCCUGCAACUCUGAUGAAAGAAGCCUUUAAUUCAGCUGGACUGGAUCCAUUUAGAGAUAUAUACGAUGAUGGGUGGGCUAUGAAAGCUGCAACUGAAGCAGUUGAAAAGCUACUAGAGAUAGAGAAGACUGAACUACUGUUGGAGGAUGAGGCUGCUGAAGAUCUUGCAGUACCAUCCAAAAACCAUUUUGAGCAUGCAAAUGAUACUUUCCAGGACGCUGCUAGAAGUUCUUUAGACAUUUUUUCUUCAUCAGAAGAGGAUGAUGAGAAAAUAUAAGUAGCAGUCCAGUGAUAUUGGAUGGUCUUCGGAUGCUUCUAAAAGACUAGGUUUAUUCUGUUAAUAGGGGUGCAACCCUUCUAAUAGACAUUGCUACAGACCUGAAACAUAUUUAACCUGAUAAUGCAACACUAUGAUAAAUCUUAUUUUAUUUUAUUUUAUAAAAGAUCGAAGCCAAUUUGCUGCA